AUGGAUUAACCAGCACACUCAACCAAGGUAUCAAAUGAAAGGUAUAUGUAGACUAAACUCAUUAGCGUUGCCUGGGGAGAUUUUGGCAGUUUCUCCCCGCGUGGGCCAUAUUUCCAUAUCAUGUCUGCAAGGCAUUUAUAAGAAAGAAAAUGAGGUGAUGGCCGUGGGCAUAUGAAAGGGCUGCUGCGUGGGUGUGAUGGCGUGAAACAGUGACAAGGGUGUAGAGCCCUUCUUCUUGCAUCAGGCCUACAUACGGUCGGCGCCGUGCCCAUUUUCAACCAUUUUGGGGUGCGUAGGUUUUCAUCGAUGGAAGUCAACAAUGAUGGGAGUCCACCUCAGCCCGAAGGCCCCAAAACCUCACCUGAGCCCUCCAAACCCACCUCUCCCGAGCACGAGCUUACUUCCUCAAGCACCAGCUCACCACCACCCAAGCCCCCCAGACCCACCUCGCCCGAGCACAAGCUUAAUCACUCAAGCACCAGCUCACCACCGUCGGAGCCCCCCAUACCAGCCUCGCCUGAGUCCGAGCUUGCCUCCUCAAGCACCAGCUCACCACUGCCCGAGCCCCCCAGGCACACCCCGCCCCGACCGGACCUUGCUUCCUCGAGCAACACUGCACCACCAGAAGGCUGCGAUCAGAACGAUUGGGUAAUCUCUAUCAAAGAAAGACUAGAUCAAUUUUCUCAACUGGACAAGGAGGUUUGGUCCAGAUAUUCCAUCUUUCGGGCCCCAAGCAACCUUCGAAAAAUGGAGCCCGAGGCCUACACACCCCAGUUCAUCUCCAUUGGCCCCUUUCACAGAGGCGACCCCAAUCUGCGAUUAAUGGAAAGUCACAAAUGGCGUUUCCUCCGUCGUUCCCUCGACCGCACUGGGCAAGAUCUGGAUGUCUACAUCGGGACCAUCUCGCCACACGUGGCCGAAACACGUGGAUGCUAUGCGCAGAUCUUUGCCCGCAUUAGCAAUCAAGAAUUCCUCGAGAUGAUGCUGCUUGACUCUUGCUUCAUCCUUGAAUUGCUCAUUGGAGUGGCCGAAGGCCGCCGCAACGAUGACCCGCUCUUCGUUGUCCGUGCAGUUCUGCUAGAGAUCCGAAGAGACAUGUUAUUGCUCGAGAACCAAAUCCCAUUCUUCAUCCUGGAAAAAUUGUUUCCACAUAUUGCAGGAUCAGACUUCAAGGACUACUCACUGAGUCAACUCGCUCUCUUCUUCUUUAACUGGACCGUCCCUGGAAGCAUCACGAAGUCAUGGGCUCACGACAGAGUAAAUGAGAAAGUACUGCAUUUUCUACAUCUUAUCCGGCAAAGGCUCAUACCAUUACAAUAUAAGCGGCCUCCACCGCCACCUCCACCGCCGCCGCCACCACCAUCAUCAUUAACAUCAAAGCCCCGUUUAAAUUUUAUAGAUACUUAUAAACACAAACAUCUGAGGAUGCGAUGCGUCUCCAUGUUAGUGGACUCUGGGGUGAAGUUCAGCAAGAGAAAGUCGAGCAGAUUGACGGACAUCGAAUUUAACUUCAAAAGAGGCAUUCUCGAGAUCCCACCAUUGGUAGUUAACGACUCCACCAAGUCCAUCUUCCUUAACCUCAUGGCCUUCGAGCAGUGCCACCCCAAAUGUAGUGAUGCUAUCAGUUCCUAUGUUGUUUUCAUGGACGGGCUGAUCAACACACCAGGAGACGUUGCCCAUCUGCAACAGAGAGGGAUUAUCAACUACCACCUAGGGAGUGAGAAGGCCGUGGCCCAGCUCUUCAAUGAUCUGUGUCGAGAUAUCAGCAUAGAUUACAUUUAUGGCUCUCAUGUCUUCACCCUUUGUUUGAAGUUGAAUGACUAUGUCUCGCUUAAGUGUCCCACUUUGAAGGCCAGCUUGAGGCGCGAGCACUUUCGCCAUCCAUGGUCCUACAUAUCCUUCGGGGCUGCUGUUCUCAUCAUUGUCCUCACGCUGACGCAGGCCGUGUAUGCCAUUCUAGCCUACCAUGUUCAUCAUUCGUAGACGGAUGGUUCAUCUCUUUCUUCUUCUUUAAUCUCCACCGUUGUUUUACUCUUCCCAUGGUUACUCAGAUCCAAGUCGACCCAGAUGAGUUGGGUCAGAAUAAGUGUGUCCAGCUGAGUUACCUCUUAUCUCUCAAAUUAGGCGACUGCUCAAGUGCGAUUAAACGCCAACCAUUGAAACCUUCUUGGGGCCCACCGUAAUGUACUUUCUCGCAUUUGCUCUUAUUUUGUUAGCCCAGGUGUCUGUAAUGGCCAAGCGAUUUCAUUUUUAGCUUAUGUUGUAUUCAAGGUGUUUGGCCACCCACUGGGUGUCCAAUAAUUUGAACCGUAUGUUAUGUUUGCUACCGUGAAUGAGUUAUUUUCUUCCAUGAUUAUGCCAUAAUGAUAAUCCUUACCUUUGAAUUUUACACUUGAAUGCCAGCUGUUGAAAAUCCUUUUGGAUGGAAGCAGCUGAAUGCCUUCUGAGUAACUCUGUG